AGUCUUAAGAACCAAUCACGACGACCUGGAGGCAGGAGCCAUAGGGGUUAAAGGUUAGACGGAAGUCACCGAAGCUUCCGGCAGCCCUCUUGGAUAGGAGUUAUGGCUAAACAUCAUCCGGAUCUGAUCUUUUGCCGCAAGCAAGCUGGUGUUGCCAUCGGAAGACUAUGUGAAAAAUGUGAUGGCAAGUGUGUAAUCUGUGAUUCCUAUGUGCGUCCCUGCACCCUGGUGCGAAUAUGUGAUGAGUGUAAUUACGGCUCUUACCAGGGGCGCUGUGUGAUCUGUGGAGGCCCGGGAGUCUCUGAUGCCUAUUACUGUAAAGAGUGCACCAUCCAGGAGAAGGACCGAGACGGUUGUCCCAAAAUUGUCAAUUUGGGAAGCUCUAAGACAGACCUCUUCUAUGAACGCAAAAAAUACGGCUUCAAGAAGAGGUGAUUGGCAGGUGUCCCCUGCCUCCCCCGUCGAGCUGCUGCAGCUGCCACAAAAGACCCCACAGCCCCCAGCAGAGAGAGCCGAGCCUGUGCUACAGUGCACCCGCCUGUUAGCACGCUACCACCUCACCACCCUUCCUGCCUCCCGCAUGGGCUGAGGAGGGCUUCAAAAAGGAUACUUCACAGAGCAGCCCGGCUGCCACCCUAUCUAGUAAAAAACUGAUCAGUUCAUGGUUUUUCUUAGCCCAAAGGCUCUGUUCUCCACAGGAUGUGUUCUCUACCCCAGGGGUUCUUAGCAGGAUUCCCUUCCAGUUGUGUGACCUGGGGUGGCUGUGAAGCUACCCGCCCCACCUCCACCCCCAGAAUGUCCCUCAGCAGCUCCAUGGCAGUUGUCCUUGAUGACCCUUCGGGGUGUGGCAGGGAGCGACGGGAACAGUGAGUGUGACACAAGCAUUUAAUCCUGUAACACCAGUAAGUGCAGGAUUCGGGUUGGUUUUCUUCUGAGAAGUUGGAAACUUUCUGUUGCUAUUGUGUUAAUAAAGUUGAUGCUUAUUUUCUGGUA